AUGAAACCACGUAAACCACCAGCCAAACCUGACUGGCGUUUUGUCCAAGAUCUCCAAGCUGUCAAUAAAGCAGUUAUUUCACGGGCCCCUAUGAUGCCCAACCCCCACACCAUCGUGUCGCAGAUUCCUCCUACUGCUACACAUUUCUCCGUGGUAGAUCUGGCAAAUGCUUUUACGUCUGUUCCUGUUCAUCCAGACAGCCAAUUCUGGUUCGCUUUUGAGUUCAAUGGGAAACCAUACACUUGGACCCGGCUUCCCCAGGGGUACUGUGAGUCCCCCACAAUCUACAAUGAGGUACUAAGAGAUUCUCUUUCUUCUUUGCAGCUUCCACAGGGCGUAGUUUUAUUAACUUACGUUGAUGACCUUCUGCUCUGCUGUCCUUCUGCCUCCUUGUGUGAGGAGGCCACACUGGCCCUCCUCCUCCAUCUUCAUUCUGAGGGUCAUAAAGCCAGUCUGCGUAAACUACAGUUCUGCCAACCUCAAGUCAUCUUUCUAGGGCAUCACAUUUCUGCCACCACCAAGGCCCUGACCCCUAAACGGAUUGAGGCCAUUCAGAAAGCACCAAAACCUGUUACCAAGAAACAGCUGAUGUCAUUUCUAGGUAUGGUAGGGUUUUGUCGGGCCUUUAUUCCACAUUUUUCUGAACUUGAGGCCCCCCUGACUUCCUGUAUACAUGGUAAGAAUCUAUCUGCUUAUGACCAUUUCUUCUGGACCCCGGAGGCUGAGCAGGCUUUCCUGUCUGUGAAACAAGCGCUGUGUUCUGCUCCAGCCCUGGCUCUGCCAGACCCAGCCAAACCUUUCUUUCAGUUUGUUGAUGAAAAACAUGGUUUCAUGUCUUCUGUUCUCCUUCAACAGCACGGCUCUCACAAGCGCCCGGUGGCCUAUUACUCUUCCAAGCUCGACUCUGUUGCUGCGGGUCUUCCUGGCUGUCUGAGAGCUGUGGCUGCAUGUGAGAAGGCUGUACUUGCAUCACGUGACAUUGUGGGAUACAGUGAGCUAACUGUUUUUGUUCCUCAUUCUGUAUCCAUCAUUUUGCUCGAACAAAAGACUUCUCAUCUGUCUGCAGCUAGAUGGCUGAGAUACACCACAGUUCUUCUCGAUAUGCCUAACAUCACUAUGAAACGGUGUACAUCACUUAACCCUGCCACUCUUCUUCCUACCGCAGAAGAUGGUGUUCAUCACUGUUGUGAGACUGUUCUGUCUGAAAUCUGCACUCCGAGACCAGAUUUAUCUGAUGAGCCUCUUCUUAACUCUGAUCUCAUUCUUUUUUGUGAUGACUCCUCCUUCAGAGACCAUUCUGGUAAGAACAGCGUGGGUUUUGCUGUCUGUGAUGAGCAUCAGGUUCUCCUCUCUGGCUCCCUCCCUUCACAAUUCUCUGCUCAGACAGCUGAACUUGUUGCUCUCACUGAGGCCUGUAAAUUCGCACAAGGUAAGUCCCUGACUGUGUAUACCGAUUCGCGUUACGCCUUUGGUGUAGUUCAUGACUUUGGUGCGUUGUGGCGUCACCGUAAUUUUAUGAAAUCUGAUGGUAAGCCUAUUUUGAACUCCACACAGGUUGCGGCUCUCCUUGACGCUAUUCUUCUUCCUUCAGAUGUCGCUGUAGUGAAAUGUCAAGCUCACACUAAAGACACUUCCUCUGUUGCCCGUGGCAACGCCUUGGCCGACCAGGCUGCUAAGCAGGCAGCUCUGUCAGCCUCUCCGCACAUUCUCACCUCUUCUCCUCUCACAGAAGAGGAUCACUCUCCUCCCUGUUCUCUACAGGACAUCCAGUCUUUUUCUACUCCAGAGGAACGCUCUGUCUGGAAGGCUAACUCCUGCACCCCUGAUUCUGCAGGCUAUAACACCGCCCGCCCUCUUGCCUGCCCUCCAGCUGGUCAUACACCACCUAAUCAGCCUUUUGAUCAUUUGAUGAUGGAUUUCAUUGAGUUAACACCUGCAGAAGUUCUCUCACAGGUGCAGAGUGUGGUGAAAGAGGCCCUGCCACGCCCAGCAUCAGAUCUGCUUCACUCCUUGGUUCCGGGAGAUUGGAUCUUGGUUCGAGAGACGAGGAGAAAGCACUGGCGGUCUAAAAGGUGGCUGGGUCCCUUCCAGGUCCUGUUGGUCACUCAUACAGCCGUGAAGGUCGCUGAAAGGUCCACGUGGAUUCACGCGUCCCACUGUAGAAGGUUUCAAAGUACCCCAACUCCAGCUGACCUCUCAACCACAGGGCAGAAUAAUCCCUGA